GCAGAGCCGAUCGGUUGAGCGCGACUGAAAUUCGAUUUAAAAAUUUGUGUAAGCUUGAGACAGGUAUUCGUAAUUAUUAUCGUAAUUAUGCCACAGUCGAGUUUCUUUGCGAGGAGUGUGCCCUUCGAGCAGAUCGACAAGCUGUCCAUUAGCGGUGGCUACUCCUCGAUUUAUGCCAGCAGUGAGCCAGGAGUGCCAGUGGUGGGUCAGUGGGAGCAUCGCUUCUGCCGCUUGGCAGACACUUUCCAACCAGUGUUGGAUCGGGUUUAUGAGUUCGAGGUGCGCGAGGAUGAUGUGUGGAUUGUGACGCUGCCAAAGUGUGGCACUACUUGGAUGCAGGAGCUGACCUGGCUGGUGAUGAAUCACUGUGACUUCGAAACGGCCAAAACUGUCGAUCUGACAAUACGUUCACCAUUCUUGGAAUUUAAUGGCGUUGUGCCGAAUGUGCCACAUGACACCAUCGAGGCAGCCAACGGAUUGAGCUCGCCACGUCUCAUCAAAUCGCAUCUGCCUGCUUGGCUGCUGCCCCGUCAGUUGUGGACCAAGAAGCCGAAGAUCAUCUACGUCUAUCGCAAUCCCAAGGAUGCAGCCAUCUCGUAUUUCCAUCACUGGCGUGGCAUGGUCGGCUACCAGGGUACAAAGGCGGACUUCAUGCACUCCUUCAUCGAUGGCUAUGUGAACUUUACGCCCUGCUGGCCACAUGUACUUGACUUCUGGCAGCUCCGCCACGAGGAUCACAUCUAUUUCACCAGCUAUGAGCGCAUGAAGACACAACUGGACGAGGUCAUCAGGGAUGUGGCACAGUUCCUGCAACGUCCUGUCAGCCUUGAGCAAGUGCAACGGAUGAAGCAGCAUCUGUCCUUUGAGAGCAUGCGCGACAAUCCGGCCUGUAAUCAUGCCAAGGAAUUCGAGAGCAUGAAGGCAGCUGCCGGACGGGAAGUGGAGGAGUUCAGUGUUGAUCAACAUAGAUUUGUGCGUCGUGGAGUUGUGGGCAGCCACAAGGAUGAGAUGACCGCAGAUGUGAUCCGAGAAUUCGAUCUUUGGUCCGACAUCAAUCUGAGGGAGUACAAAUUGCACAUGGAUGACUUUGCAACUUACAGCAAGUUCGCCUACAAUGAGCAAAUCGUCAAGAAGUUGUUGUAAGAACGUCGAUUAAUCAUUUUAAUAGAUUGUAAGCUACAGUGAUAUUCACAUAUGUAUAUUAUACAAUAUACAUACAUAGAUAAGUGUGUUUUUACUACAAUUAAAUGUAUUUGCUAUA